AUGCUGCUUGGUGUUGGUGGCUUAGCAGCUGCUUACAUUGGCUUCAAAAUGGCAUCGUACAACGAUUUGUCUCGAUAUACAGUUUGUGAAGGAAAACGAUUUGAACUGGACUCUAAUGGUGUUCUGAGGGAAUACAAGUAUACGGUAUGUCCUAGUCACCUUCGCUACUGUUGUCGAGGGGAGACCUACGAAGGCGAGCGCUGUUGCAGUGGCCCUUCUCACUACAGCUAUGGGCAACCAAGCGGGAUGCUGUAUGGAGCUUCGUUUGGCACGCUACUCGUGGCCGUGUGCAUCGGAGCACUGCUUUAUGCGUGCUGCUGCAGAGGUAGAAAAGCAUCUGCGGAGACUCCUAGGAUGACUUCGACAGGCGAUAUUCCUUCCCCCAACCCAAACACGGUCGUCAUAAAUGGCUACGCGCCGGGCCUGGAUCCCAAUGUUCCCACCUACCCAGUAUCGGUAUCGAAACCUGGGGACGCACUGGACCCGCCACCGCCACCAUACCUCGCUCCACCCGCCUCAGACGUACCGCCCCCACCUUACCCGGGCAGGGCAUCACCCUCGACUCUCCCCUAUCCCACUGCUCCCCCGCCAGGCUCCGGAUGGUCCAAUCCACCCUCCCACCCUCCUCCUCCGUACCCUCCGCAGUAG